AUGUCGUCCUUCCGGGCUCUCCUCAACCCGAUCCUGGGCCCCAAGCCUCGUCAGCCAGAGCGAGUACCAACCGACACCGUAAUCCGGCUAUCCGCGCUGGACAGCUCCUGGAUGAUGCGCAUGAUGAUCAUGAGCUGGUCACUGUGCUUUCACGACGCCCUCAAUCCGGACAUGCUCCACGCCUCUCUCUCGGAGCUACUCACUGUCGGCAACUGGCGGAAGCUCGGCGGCAGACCACGACUGACAGAAAACGGUCAAAUUGAGCUUCACAUCCCUGAGGCCUUCACACCCUCCCGCCCAGCAGUUCACUUCACAGUUGAGCCGAAUCGCUCAAGCGUGAAAUCGCAUCCGCUCGCCUCAACCAUGCCCUCGCUCUUCUCCUCUACAGACGCCCUGUCACGCCCUCAGAUCCUCGACACACCGUCGACGCUGACCCCCAUCCUCGCCGGCCCCGAGGCGCCCGCGGCCUUCUCCGACUACACCACUACAGACCGCCCGCUGCUCUCGCUGCAUGUGAUAACCUUUACCGACGCAACAUUCGUCACCAUCACGUACCCGCACAGCGUCACGGACGGAAUGGGCCGUAGAGAGCUCGUCGAAAACUGGUGCCGCGUCCUCUCGGGCAGGAGAGAAGACGUCACACCGCUGGCGGACCCGGCGUUCGAUCCGAUGGCGAAGGUCGCAAACGCACAAGACCAGCGGUACACCGAGCCGUUUCUCUGGGAACACAAGAAACUCACCGGCUGGGGGAAGCUGCGUUUCACAGCCGGUCUCCUGUGGUACCUCCUCACCAACCGCAUCCGCCAACGGAACCUCUUCAUCCCAGCCGCUUCUCUCACGUCCCUCCGCCAAAUCGCCGAGACUGACAUCUCUCAAUCCGACGAGGCCGCGACCCGACUGAGCGACGGUGACAUCCUCACGGCCUGGCUCGUCCGCCUAGCCUGCUCGCACAUACCCAAGUCCUCCCCCGCGAAGCCCAUUUCCAUCUCCACGGCUCUCGACCUCCGGGGCCGCCUCAACGAGGACGAUUUGCCCUCCGACGUGGCCUACUUCUCCAACCUUGUGGCGUACAACUGGACGAGCACGACGGCCUUAGGGUUCUUGCACGGCGCGUUCGGGAAGGCCGUCGCGCUGAUCCGGAGCUCGGUGAGGUCGCAGCUUACCGACGCCCAGGUCUACGCGUCGACGAGGUUGACGUACAACGCGGUCGCGGAGAGCGGGAGCACGAACCAGUUCACCGAGCCCAACGGCUUCGUCGUUUCGGUGUCGAACGUGUCCAAGGCGAGGUUCCACGAGGUCAUCGACUUCAGCCCGGCUAUCGAAAAGGUGGAAGGGGAAGACGAAGGGGGGAGGUCGACGCCGAAGGGCAAGAUUGUGUGGCAGUGCAAUACUCCCCGGAUGCGGAUGCAUCCGCCCUGUCUGAUUUACAUCCAGGGGAAAGACCACGCGGGCAACUAUUUGGCGCAGAUGCUGGUUGCCGAGCGGACAUGGCGGGUCAUUGAGGAAGUACUCAGUUCAAUGUGA